CAGAUGUUAGCUCAGGGCUAAUCUUCCUCAAAAGCAAACAAACAAACAAACAAAAAUUACACCCUAUUCUCCUUAGGAAGCAAGAAUGUUCCAGGUGUCCCAUGUCUUGAAAGUCUUUCCAACUCAUCAUUAAACUGUGACCAAGAAAGUUCAAAGUGAUAGAAAUGAAGGCUAGAAUGCUUCAGACUGAUGGGGGCUCAGGUCAGCCCUGAGAGCCUGAAGCACAGUGACAGGACAUUAAAAGAGGCAGAAAUAAGAUAAGCCACCAAGAUGUUGGUGGCUCCAAUCCAAUAGCUUUUCUAGGGUUUUUUUGUAUGUCAAAUAGCUAAAGCCUUCUGCCAGAAACAGUUUGGAGGUUUGAUUUUUAAUGCACAGCAUUUAUGGAGCCCUGGCCACAUACCAGCCACUGUGCUAAGGUGCUCACUUAAAUCCCAAACUAGCCAAUGAAGAAGGUAUUAUCAUUACUUCUCAUCACACAGAUGAAAUGAGACUUGGAGAUGCUAAGCAACUCGGCAAACAUCAUCCAGAGAGGCAAGUGUGGGUGCAAGUGUGCCUCUGGUAUGUGUGUGUGUGUAUUUAGGAGAGGGAUGGUGUCUCACUUUCAGCAGAGUGCUAAAUCAUGACAUGGCCCCAACACUUCCUCUCUUCUUUGCUCUUGAUACCUCCACCACACUUACAGAAAAUUGCCCAGGUAAGGCUUGAUCCCUAUUCUUUCUACCUUGACAUAACAGAGAGUUUAAUACCAAUGAUAUUGGCAGAAAUAGCUAUUCCUGGGCUACAGUAAACUGCAUUUGCAGCAAAUGGGCCUCUCACUUCUCCAGACGUCACUCCGAGCAGCAAAGAAGGCCUGGCAACAACAAUGAGGGGAUGGUACGCCCUGCACCCUUUGUUCUAUUGUUUAUGUUAUCACCAUGCUGCAGGCUCAGGCACCCUUUGCACCUGCAGAUUUUUCCACUCCACAUAAGGCAACUAAGUAGGACUGAAGGGCAAAAGGGUGAGGGUGUUCACCAUCAACAAGAAACCUUUAUUGGAGAAGGCAGCACAAAGGAGACUGAAUAGCAGAGAGGUUGCAUAGGCAGGCCAUAUGGGUUCAAGCCUUGCCUCUGACGCCAUGAGAGGGAUACCCUUGUGCAAGUUACUUAGGUCUACAUGGGUCUCAGUUUCCCCAUCUGAAAGUGGAGAUAAUAACAGCACCAGCUUCACAAGCUUUUCAUGAAUGCUGAACGAUAUUAGGAGUGCAUAGUGCCUGGUCUGCAGCAAGCACUUAACAAACAUUGGCUUCUGUUACUGAAGAUAGCUCUAUGAGGUGUGCUAAGUGCUAAGCACGCAACACAUAGCCUCUAUCCACACCAUCUAGGUAGGUUAGGGAGAUGGGGCACACACUAAAAAAAUAAUUAAUAAUAUAAGGUAGAAAAUUGUCACAUGAGUAGUACAGAUACAUACUACGGAAAUACAAAGGAAGAAAUAACAAUGUUAGAAAAAAACCCUGCUGGAUUACAGAUGGCAGGCCAGAAAGGGAAGGGGACUUUACCAAUGUCACAAAGCUAGUUUUGAAAAGAGUUGGGAGUAAAGUCUAGAUCUCCUGAUUCAUACUGUAAAACUGUUUCAGGAAACUAUGCCACAAUAGCACUAACGAAAAUAAUCUUAACAAUAGCAUUAGUUAACACUUUGAAGAUACUUUUUACGUGACAGGCAUUUUCACACAAUAUCUUAUUAAACCCUCAUGGUAACCCUAGGAGAGAGGUAUUAUAUUUUCCCCCAUUUUACAGAUGAGAAAGUCGAGGUACAGGAAGCAUAAACAAUUUGCCCAAAGUCCGACAGCCAGAAAGUGGCCCAGCCAGGACUUAAAUGAAGGUUUCUAAACAGUUAUCAUGGAGGACUAUAAUGAAAGAGAGGAAGGCAGGGGAGCCAGAGGCAAGGGGAAUGACAGACUGAAUCUUGGCGGUAGAAAUGGACAUUCAUGAAAAGUGAAUGAACUGCUCUUACUGGAAGAGGAAAUUCAGGUAGAGGAGUUAGAAAAUACGGUUAGAACAGAGUAUGAGGCAGAGAGAAGGGGGCUUGAAUGUCAAUCGAGGCAGCAAAUUUUCUGUUUGUCUGCUUGGUUGGGGAGAAGGUAGGGACAGAAGACAGGAGCUUGACAAUUCUAUAGUUGUGUGUUUUGUUUUUAAGACUGAUCUGGUCACAGACAGAAUGAAGGAGAGUCCAGUGGCAGGGAGACUGGUCAGCGGCCAAAUGUCGCAGCUCCAAAGAAGGAUAGGGUGUUUUUCAGGUGUUCCCCAACUUUCUGAGGUCACACGGCCACAAGUCCACUUCCCAAUCUCACUAUAGAGCAUCACGAGAGACUAACACUCUCCACCCGUCUCUCCCCACAGGCUGCAGUAUUCCCACAUCUGUAUUAGUCAACAAAGCCCUUUGGGAAUCAUGAAGAUUCUUUUCUGCUACCAGACGUUCAGAUUCAUCUGGCUCCCCAAGCCAUCUGGCCGGCACUUUCACAAAGAUCACCAGCUUUGGGCACCUCUGACUCUUGCUGACUUUGAAGCCAUAAAUCGCUGUGAGAGGUCAUUGCCUAAGAACUUUAACUUUGCUGGGGAUGUGCUGGACCAGUGGUCCCAGAAAGAGCAGACAGGAGAGAGACCAGCCAACCCAGCCCUGUGGUGGGUGAACGGCAAAGGGGACGAGGUGAAAUGGAGCUUCAGAGAACUGGGCUCCUUGUCCCGAAAGGCUGCCAACGUGCUCACCAAGCCUUGUGGCCUAAAGAGAGGAGAACGAGUGGCUGUGAUUCUGCCCCGAAUCCCAGAGUGGUGGCUCCUAAACGUGGCUUGUAUGCGAACAGGACUUGUCUUCAUGCCAGGAACAACCCAGCUGACAGCAAAAGACAUCCUCUAUCGGCUACGAGCAUCCAAGGCCAAGUGCAUUGUGGCCAGUGAGGAGGUGGUCCCAGCAGUGGAGUCCAUUGUGUCAGAGUGCCCUGAUUUGAAGACCAAACUCCUGGUGUCUCCACGCAGCCAGAAUGGGUGGCUCAGCUUCCAGGAGUUAUUUCAAUCCGCGUCUGCAGAACACAGUUGUGUGGAGACAGGAAGUCAAGAACCAAUGGCCAUCUACUUCACCAGCGGGACCACAGGCUCUCCCAAGAUGGCCCAGCACUCUCAGAGCAGCCUUGGAAUUGGCUACACCCUCUGUGGAAGGUAUUGGCUAGACCUGAAGUCCUCAGAUAUCAUUUGGAACAUGUCCGACACUGGCUGGGUCAAGGCUGCCAUUGGCAGUGUGUUUUCUUCCUGGCUUCAGGGAGCCUGUGUCUUUGUGCAUCGGAUGGCCCAGUUUGACACUGACACCUUCCUAGAUACGCUUACCACUUAUCCCAUCACCACCCUGUGCAGCGCGCCCACUGUGUACCGGAUGCUUGUGCAGAAAGACCUUAAGAGAUAUAAAUUCAAGAACUUGCAGCACUGCUUGACGGGAGGGGAGCCGCUCAACCCAGAGGUGCUGGAACAGUGGAAGGCGCAAACUGGGCUGGAGCUGUACGAAGGCUACGGACAGACCGAAGUGGGAAUAAUUUGCGCCAACCUGAAAGGACAAGAAAUUAAACCGGGCUCCAUGGGGAAAGGAGUACUACCCUAUGAUGUCCAGAUUAUAGAUGAAAACGGCAACAUCCUACCACCUGGCAAAGAAGGGGAAAUCGCCCUCAGACUAAAGUCUACACGGCCCUUCUGUUUCUUCUCUGAAUAUGUGGACAAUCCAGAGAAAACUGCCGCCACAAUAAGAGGGAAUUUUUAUGUCACUGGAGACAGAGGAGUGAUGGACAGUGAUGGGUAUUUCUGGUUUGUUGGCAGAGCCGAUGAUGUCAUCAUAUCCUCUGGGUACCGUAUUGGGCCGUUUGAAGUGGAGAGUGCACUGAUUGAACACCCAGCAGUUGUUGAAUCAGCUGUUGUCAGUAGUCCAGAUCCAAUCAGAGGAGAGGUAGUGAAAGCUUUUGUUGUCUUAUCUGCACCCUUUAAAUCGUCCAACCCAGAGAAAUUAACUCUUGAACUUCAGGAUCAUGUGAAAAAAUCAACUGCACCUUACAAAUAUCCAAGAAAGGUGGAAUUUGUUCAAGAACUCCCAAAGACAAUCACUGGGAAAAUCAAACGCAACGUUUUAAGAGACCAUGAAUGGGAUCGAACAUAGCCUGAUUUCUUAUCAGUUAAAGGGCUGCUUCUUUUAGUCCUGGCUUCCAGAUAAUUCAGUGACUACUCUCUCAAAGUGCUUAAGAUUUUUCCUGUUGAAAAACUCAACUAAGUUUUUCUUUUGUACUUAGCCAAAAAACAAAAAUCUAAAAAUAUUUGGGAAUUGUUAUGGUGACCAAACUAACAAAAGCAAUGAUUAUAAUGACUGUAAUGUGUAAAAUUACAAAGGUCAAAUGAUUACUUAUAAAAGCACACUGGACAAUGAAUUCAUCUUGUGUCUGAUUAAUUCCAAAUAAAGAUUAGAACUAUCCUAAGAGAAGUGUUCAAGACAGAAUUUCUUCUGCUUAACAUCUUUAUAUAUUACUAAUUCUUUAAGGUGGAUUAAAAUAUUAAUGUUAAGAUGAAAAAUAUAAACAACUCAAAAGCCAAUUAGUGAAUUUAAUUAACUACUGUAUUAUUAUACCUCAUUUUGAAGCAAUUUACUAUCUCUUUAGCUUGGAUUAGUUAAGAGUAUUUAAUUAUUCAAGAGCAAUUACAUUUUCUCUAUUUUUACUUUUUAGGACAAUGUACAUUUUUAUUGACAUAAUUUGACAUAUAAAUAUCUUUGAUAUCCACUUACUAUAAAGCAAGAGAUUUACUAAAAGGCAGAGAUAAAAAGUACAGAACACCAAUCUUUAGAGAACAAAUUUAUUUUGAUUUUUCUGAAAAUAUCAGGAAGUAUGAAAAACAAGCUGAAUAUCUGGCCACACCAAAAGCAAAAUACAAGUUAAAAUAA